AUGUUCCCAGACAUGACCCGUGAAUCCUUGCAAAGUACUCUACAGGCCUGGAACUAUGACAUCCACAGGGCUGUCACUUCCAUAUUGAGUAACAAAGAAGGUAUUGGCUAGUAAAAUGUUUCAAGCUAAGCUUUUCACAAGUUUUUAUUGAAGUUGUUUUUUUUACAAAUUGUUUUUUUACUGUUGACAGAAACUGAACAUAGUGAUGAUGAUGAUAUCCCUCUAAGUGCCUCCUUGAAUGUAUCCCCCGAAUUAACGGUGAAAGAAUUCAGGGAUCAUAUGGUUGACAAAUAUGUUCCUGAGCAAACCAUCAGAGCUAGUCACGACUCCAACAUUUUGAGAGACAUGUUUAGAUAUUUGAAGUCGAGGCAGUUCAACCUGAGGGCAAGGCCAAAUGUUGUGUUUGACGGUGAAGAUGGGAUGGAUGCAGAGGGACUUACCAGAGAACUUUGCCACAUGAUGAUGUCCAGCAUGCGAGAUGGUAAAGGUGGCAUCAUUCUUUUUGAGGGGCAGAUAGACCAUCUCAUUCCUGUUCAUAAUGAACAGUAUUUAGCUUCCCAAUACUAUAAGUAUGCAGGUCAGCUGAUAGCAUACUGUUUUAUACAUGCUGGGUUUGGUAUAACUGGAUUGUCACGGGCCAUAACAGAAUAUUUGAAGACUGCUGAAAUGAAUGAGUGCCUUCCAUAUGUCUCAAAGGAUGACAUCCCUGACCUGGAUAUACGUGAGAAACUAAAACAGGUAGAUCCUCUCCUUUUUGCCCUGGAUAUAAACAUUUGACAGGCAAUAUUAACUUUGUUUUUCUUACAAGAAAGGAGGAAGUACAGGGGAAUAGUGCCACGACUGGCAAACAAAAACUAUGGGUGGUAUAUGCAUAAAUAAAUUAUAUGUUCAAUGUCAUUCCAAAAUAGAGUUUUUUUGAAUAAUUUUUGUAAGUACCUUGCUGAGUGAAAUAAGCUGCUCUUAAAAGUUUUUAGUUACUUAAUAUCUCAGAGGCAGCUAAAAGGUUGGAGAAAAUGGUCUUCCUAUAAUUAACUCCCUCUGCCCUUAAAAAGCCCAAAAGCUUUGAGUCUCUGAUUUCCAAAGUCUAUAACCUAUCAUACAAUAUUUUUGUGUAAAACUAAUAUUUCCUCAUUGAUAAAAGGCAAACUGCAAGAGGACAGUCAUGCUUCCAUUUUUUCAGUUUAAUAUGGAUGUACACUAGUGAUAGCAGGGAGCUUAAGCAAUGACGAUGGCAAUGUUAAUGGAAAGGGCAAAACAGCGAUAAGUUUAGAUUGGUAAAACAACAACUUUGCAUGUGCAUGUUGUUAGUUGAGUUCCCUAAUCUUUAGUUCUCCAUUUAUUUUUAUCAGGCAGCAGUCUGUUACAGUAUAUUUACUACAGUUUCAUAUAAUUGAGGUUUCUUUCCACUUUAGACGCAGGAUGCUGAGAGUGAGGAGAUGUUGUAUAAUGCCGUUUAUAACGAUGACAGCAUACAGCUCCUCCUCAUGCAAGCAGGCUUUGCCAAUGAAUUGGUCAAGCUAAACAACAAACACAGAGCGUGCCAAGCAAUCAUCCUCCACCUUGUAUUCAAAACAAGAAAGGAGGAACUCGAUCAGUUAAAAAGUGGUCUUGAAAGUCUCUCUGUGAUAAACUUUCUUAAGGUUUCUGAGGGCUCUUUAAAGUAUGUGUUCCCUUUACAAAGUGAAGCAGUGGUCACCAAAGAUGAUUUCCUAAAAGUGAUUGAAACAUCUGUUGACUCUCUGGAGGGUGAUGAGAAAAAAGCUUAUGAUUGGUUUGUACAAUAUGUACAUGAAGUAGCAAACACAGGUAAUGUUUAAACUUAUAUUAUCAUCUACUUUAUUCUUUUGUAUAGUGUGCAGAUGACACAACAACAGUCAUGACUCAUGAAAUACAGUACUGCAAAAGCCAUUCAGAACUUUUGAAUGUCCUGUUAACACUGGCCCAGAAUACAGCAUACUAUUUUUUAUAAAUUAUUUAUAAUGUGCCGUUGGGUUAAGCAAACUAGGAUGUUAUUAUUUAUUUUUUUGAAUCUGAGAAUUCAGUUAGAAACAAAAAAAUACAAGUCCACUUGUUGAAAUUGAGAGAAGCAUAACUUACAGAAUCAACUUCAGAAAUGAUUCUUUUGUUUGGCAAUACAGAGGAGAAGUGUGAUGUCAUGUGACUGUGGUAUCACUUUUUUCUGGAUGACAACAAAACCAACGAUAAUGGUGAUGGAAAGGAGAUCGGCAAAAAAUAAUAUGAUUUUACGAACAAACAACAAAUUUGCAUGCUAUUUUGUACAUUUCUUUGCCGUCGUUGCACCACUACGACAUGGAACUAAUGAACUAAAAAAAAAAUUUUAAAAAUUAUCGCUUUCAUUUUCUAAACUUUGAAAUUGAAUAAGAUUGGUGAAUCUUGAAAUUGUGUGAAUAGCCUUUUUAAGUGUCUUUUUCGGUUUGUUGUCUUCCAAAAAUUUUGCUACCAUGGAAACGUGACGUAGCAACCCCUCCUCUCUAUUUUGUGGUUCGUUAGCCUGCAUUAUGAUCAUUAUUGUCCCCAUGUUCACAGUGUCAGCUGAGGCAAAAGACCAGCCUUUCAGUUCACUUCCAACACUGGCUCAGUUGGUUCAGUUUGUGGCAGGACAUCCUUAUCUACCUUCAUCUCGGAUGAACAUCAGUUUCAGUGCUAUGGUGUAUCCAGAUGCAGAUACAUGUUUCUUCAGCCUUCGAUUACCCACUAUCUACAGCAGCUAUGACGAAUUCAGGAAGGCCCUUAAUACUGCCAUUACAUGCCAGCAUCUUGGUUAUGGAAGGGGUUAAAGGCUGGGGAGUCAACAAAAAAAACCUGUCUGUUUUUGAAUAAGGCAUUGUUCAGUUUGGAACGUUUUCUCAUGUUAAGUUCUCUUGCUCAAAAUAAGACGAAAAUUUGUUCCAUGUUGUUUACCGACAAAUUUGAGAUCUUUACUGACCUAAUCUUUGUAGUGUAACAUACAUUGAUUUGAUUGAAAAUUAGACUUCUAGAUUUGACAAGACUUGAAUGUAAUAUUGUUUGAUUA